UGUAUAUUCGAUCCAUAUUAAAACAGUGUUCUCUAACAGAACUUGGUUAAUAGAAAACGGGCUUGGUAUACUCGCCUAGAGCAAUAAGUGGUACUUCAAACUGUAGCAAUACAGCUGGGCUAACUUCUGCAAGAGAAAGUUCCUCAUGUGGCGCCUGCCUUGAUUUGCUGUUGUGUACAUAGUGUAAUGGUGAUUCAUUCUUCCUGCAAGUGGCACGGACUUGUAUAUGCGCGAUCGACGUAAUAAACUUAUUCUGCACCCUAUUGGAAAAGUAAAGAUCGUCAUUUUUUCCGGUACUUUAUGAUAAGUCGCAGCUUUUUCUGAACUUUGCGAUACGACUCAGAGGAACAACUUACAAGUGACAAAGGAUCACUUACUCAAGGAUGACAAGAUAUCGUUACAGUAAUAACCUAGUGGAACUUUCAUAAACAUCGACGAUUGUCAUGACAAACUUGACUGUACAACAAGUUACCCGUGCAAAAUUUUCGCACUUUUCUACGUAAAACCUGACCCUUCAGAGAUCGGGCUGUGCGGCCCGGAUACGUCUGAUGACUGUCGAAUCAAAACUAUCGAAAAAAGACCAUAAAAAAAGUCCUCAGGUCGGAGUAAAUAAGUGCAUAGGACACGUGAGAACUUGUACGCUGCGAUGGGCAGAAUAAAGAAGUUGAAAAAGCUCCUCCGAUACAAGGAAGUUCAGGAAAGUCUGCUGCGAGAUAAAGGACACGCUCCAGGGGAAACAGAUCCCAACGCUGAGAUUUUACCUGAAGCGCAAGACGGCACAGCUAAGCCUCUGAAAAAAAACAUCCUCCGCAAAGGUGCUGCUAUUCAAAAGCCGGCUCUGAACUUAAGUAAGAAGAAACGGAAACAGCUUCUGAAGAUUCUUGAGAAGAAGCAGAAAAAAGUUAACCGAGAUGACCUUGUAGCACAACUCUCGAAAAUUAAAGAACAAACCACGAAAAGUCGAAAGAGGCUCGCUAAGGAUGUGGAUUUGAAAUCAUUGCGAAAGCGCAAGGCGCCGAGCGUCCAGGCCUGGGGAAAGCAACUUACGGAAGACAAAAAGAGGACACAAAGAUCUGACGUUUUGAGUUUCGACGAAGACGAUGAAGAUGAUAGCGAUAAUAAUGAGGCCGACAGUCAAGGGGAGGAUUCGGACCACGACGAAAAUGACGGCGCAAUUUCUCAAAAGGAUAACACUAGCACGUGCGGUGAGCACACGCAAGACGGAACAGUAUCAUCACAAAACGUGUCCAACAUAAUUGAAAAGGCAACGCGGUUAACGGUUAAAAAUAAAUUAGAAAAAGUCCUAAGACAAACAGAGCUUCAAAAAACUGAGGAUGAAGAAGAUGAUAUUCCAGACGUCAACGCCACCAUUGGACAUCUAAAGCCAAGAAGGGGCAAGCAGUCAGUAGUUCUUAACCGCCCUGCAGAGGUGAUUGAACACCGGUCAAAGCUUCCAAUUAUAUCUAUGGAACAGGAAAUCAUGGAAACUAUUGAGACCAACCCGGUGACGGUUAUCUGUGGACAGACUGGAUCCGGAAAGACGACUCAGUUGGUCCAAUUUUUGUAUGAGGUUGGCUAUGCGCGCGAGGGUAUGAUUGGUAUCACGGAACCAAGACGAGUUGCAACUAUCUCAAUGUCAAAACGAGUUGCGUACGAGACAGGGCUUGGGGAGAAGGUCGUCUCUUAUCAGGUUCGUUUCGAAGGAAAUUGCACAGAGGAGACACGGGUGAAGUUCCUGACAGAUGGUGUUCUUCUGAAAGAAAUGGAAUCUGACCUGAGUCUUUCGAAUUACUCGGUGAUUAUUAUCGAUGAGGCACACGAACGCAGCGUGCAUUCGGACGUUGCCGUUGGGCUUCUAUCGCGAGUUGUCAGACUUCGUGAGAAGAAGGGCAAAUUACUACGGGUAAUCGUGAUGUCGGCCACUCUCCGCGUUAGUGAUUUUAUCGAAAACGAAAGAUUGUUUAAACAACCUCCGCCGGUUAUUAACGUUCAAGCGAGACAAUUUCCUGUAACCAUUCACUUUAAUCGGACGACUCCAAAGGAUUAUAUGGCGGAUGCAUUCAAAAAGAUUUGUAAAAUACACAAAAAUCUCCCACCUGGUGGUAUACUUGUGUUUCUUACCGGACGGAUGGAAGUUAAUCAGAUGGUAGCGAAACUCCGAAGAAAAUUCGGCGAGGAAAACAAGAACCUGAUGGAUAUGAAGGAGCCUUUUAAAGAAAAGGAAGAAAAAAACAAAGCUGAUGCGACGAAAAACGGCGACUCUAGUAAUGGAAGUUUAAAAAGUAACGAAGAACCGAAAGACGAUGGCGACAAGCCUAUAACGAGAAUAUCUGUAGGAAAGGAGGACAAUAUGCUCGUCUCAGAUUUGGCAAGUGCUCAUAAUACAAGCUCAACUACCGAUGAAGGCCAGGACGCAACAGUGACUACUAUUGACGUAGCCCGAACGAGUGCCACAUAUGACUGCAGUGGUCUUAACCUUGAAAGUUACUCGGUCGUUCCUCUCGAGGACGGCGAGCUAGAUGAAAAGACCGAACGUGAUAUGUCGGCGGACUAUGCGGACGACGAAGAUGCGGACCAAGAAAUACUGGAAGAUGCGAGCGACGAGAACGAGGAGCUACUGGUGAAAGAUUGUCCCGAAGAUCAAACGAAGCCGAUGAAAGUUUUACCGAUGUUUGCUAUGUUGCCGUCUCAUUUACAGCAGAAAGUGUUUGAUCGGGUACCCGAAGGCACGAGGCUCUGUGUGGUGGCCACAAAUGUAGCGGAAACCUCCCUUACCAUACCAGGGGUGCGAUACGUAAUUGACGCUGGCAAAUGCAAGACCCGCGUAUACGAUCGUGUAACUGGCAUCUCGAAAUUCAUCAUAUCGUGGAUUUCGAAGGCUUCAGCUGAGCAAAGAGCAGGACGGGCUGGCAGACAGGGACCUGGACACUGUUAUAGGCUGUACUCUGCGGCGGUCUUCAAUGAUCAGUUCAUCGAAUUCUCACCUGCUGAGGUGACUCUUCGUCCCGUGGAGGGUCUUCUGCUACAAAUGAAAUGUAUGGGUAUCGAAAAAGUCGUCAAUUUUCCGUUUCCUUCUCCGCCACCCAGGGAAGCGCUUAUCGCAGCUGAAAACUCAUUAGUAGAGAUGCGUGCCCUUACUAGAGGGAAGGUGAAGCCACUGUCACUUCGAGAGCGUGAAGCUUGGCUUUAUUCUUCAAUUCCGACGCCUUUAGGACGCGCCAUGAGCUUGUUUCCCGUGGCGCCAAGAUUCGCGAAGAUGCUCGCGCUCAGCCAUCAGCAAAAAGUUCUGAUGCCCUAUGUCGUAGCUUUGGUGGCUGGCCUGGCAGUGCAGGAGCCUUUUAUCCAGGGUAAUGCAACAUGUCCUACGUGGUGCAGGUCUCUAGGAGACAUGGGGCGAUUAUUAGCGGCUGUUGGAGCGUCCGAAUAUGACACAGUGUCAGGUUCAUCUAAAGCGCCCUUAGCUCAACAGCUGAGAGAAGAGGCUCGACGAGAAAUCCGCAAGAUGCGCUAUCAGCUGACUGAAGAAUUAAAUCUGCUGGUUCCAGAUCUUCAACUGACGCUCGAUCCGCGGAUGCCUCCGCCUGAUGGUCGACAGAUGUUGGCUCUGCGACAGCUCAUUCUUUGCGCCUGUGUUGACAGAAUAGCACGGAAAAAAUCAGGCAAGGUGUACGAGAGCAUGCAGACGGAUGGGCAAGUAUAUUUGCACGGUGAAUCUGUAUCUUAUAAAGAACAGCCUCCAUGGCUGGUGUAUCAAGAGAUAACUGAGGAACAUGGAAAUCGUAUGCAGUUACGCAUGGUCUGCCCAAUUGAGCCGUCAUGGCUGCCGGUCCUCGCUCCACAACAGUGCGUCCUGUCUGAGCCACUUGAGUCGCCGGCACCAGAGUACCAUGAACGUGAUGAUAUUGUAUACGUUUGGGUGGAAGGAACAUAUGGCCCUUUUGCUUGGAAAAUCGACAAAACACGGAUGAAGGCCCCCGCUCAUUGGCCCGCAAGAUUCAACUGGUUUGCUAAAGCACUUCUUGAUGGAAAGGUGAUAACGCAGUUAAGAAAAUACAAGCCUUCGUAUACCUCACAACCAGCGAUAGUCGUCAAGAAGUACGCGGCCAUUUCACAGAGGGCGUCUGAUCUAGUGGAAGCGCUGAGGAAAGCGAACGUAUGUUCCCGAGCUGAUCUUCUUGCCAGGUGGAAGGUUGACCCGAAGUUUUUGCUAAGACCAUACCUCGACUGGUGCCAAACUAAUGUCCAUGGGCAAAUUAAAAUGUCGUGGCCGCCUAGAAAUUAGUAGACAUCCAAUUGCGAUCUGCAUUAUUGUAUACGAUAGCUGGAUUCAUUAUAGAGUCCAUAUUGUUAGAGUCCAAUGAUAUAUUAAUCAUUAACGUUUGCAACACAGGCAGGACCUAAAAAUAUAGUAUAUGUAGUAAAAAUAUAGAAGAUUAUGACAAUGAUAAGGUACAAUUAUAGACGAACGUAAUGCUGUGCUUGAGGAACUGCCGUUAUUUACUUAUUGCUCAUUUUAGUUGAAUCAAACAAAAACCUUUUUUAAAAGAUUAUUGACGUUGUUAGAAGUCAGCUGUACAUAUUUUUGUACUUUAAAAAGAAAAGAUAUGAUAACUAUGUUGAACCUGUAAAUAAGGGAUGUAUUUAUUCCUAGAUUUUACCUAGAUGUAGAUUCGGUCGUCACUUUAAGACGUUUGUCUAUCCCAUGUAGCUUAACACAAAGGUUGAUUUUCAAACAAACGAAUUUGAGCUGAAGUUUCCCAAAAACGAAAAAUAUAUGCCGUUAAGUCAUUAUUCUCAACCUAUGGCUAUGCUAGACGUUCGAGAACCUCGG